CAGUGUCUGUAUGCCUCGACGUUGUUUUCUACACACUCUCAAAAUUAAGUGAAUUUAAUUAACUAAACAAAAUGCCUUGGACUAGUACUAACAGAAUUUACGCGAAACCUUCAAACACAGCUUCGGGUGAAGAUGUUGGGGGUGGUUCCGUUACGGCGCGGUCAGGGCCGACGGCCGCAGCCGACUCCGGUGGGCGCUUCGAGCUCAGCGAUCACGGUUAUGGCAAGUGCUCCGUAAAGCUCCUGCACGUGCACCGCGACGGCGACUACCACAGCAUCCGCGAGUUUGAAGUUAACACCGAACUGAAACUCGCUUCUGAAUCGGCGUAUGUACUCGGUGACAAUAAAGAAGUAGUAGCAACCGAUUCGCAGAAGAACACGGUCUACUUGUUAGCGAAAAAACACGGCGUUAAGACUCCGGAAGAGUUCGGUGCUGUGGUUGUAAACCAUUUCCUGUAUAUGUACAAGCAGGUGGUCGAAGCAAAGUGUAGAAUAGUGGAAUACCCCUGGGAAAGGUUGCAGGCAGGGGUGCCUCACAAUCACGCCUUCGUCUUUUCACCAACUGCUACAAGAUGGUCUGAAGUGUCACAAGCUAGGCAUGAGGCUGUGGUAGUUAAAUCUGGUUUGAGCGGCCUUCGGGUCCUGAAGACUACACAAUCAGCUUUCGUGGAUUUUGUACAAGAUGAAUAUACUACACUUGCUGAUGCAGCGGAAAGAAUAUUCAGUACGGUAGUGGAAGCGGAGUGGACAUACGACAGCAUGCGAACAGCAAACUUCGACAACGCGUGGUUGACCGUAAAGGAUGCUAUUCUAGACAAGUUCGCUGGUCCUCCCGAUACAGGUGUCUACUCCCCAUCAGUACAGCACACUCUUUACCAGGCUGAAAAGGUGGUGCUUGAAAAAGUUUCGGAGAUCACCUGGAUAAGAAUGACAAUGCCGAACAAACAUUACCUAAAUAUCGACAUGUCAAAAUUCCCCGCCAAUGUGACGAAGGGAGACCCUCGACACCACAUCUACCAGCCCAUAGACAAACCCGCAGGUCUCAUCUACGCCCAGCUACGCCGGAGACCGAAAAGCCGCUUGUGACAGUAGAUGCUACGGAAAAGCUACGCAACGUAGCAAUUGAGGUCUCGUCACAUCAUAAUGAUGUUCAUUUUAAAAUAUCACAUUUUGCAUACAGAAACUGUUUACUUUUAAAGAUUGAUAGUUGUUAUUGUUAGAUAUCGAAAUACUGAUGAUGAAUUACUAUGGAUGUAAAUAGUUAUUUGCAGAAAUGUAUCAUGGAUAGUUUUUGCUCAAAGUGAGUUUGCUUGUAUUGUGAAAAUUAUAUUAAUUUCGAUAUGAAUUGAUUACAUUAUAUUACAUUAUAAAAUCGUAAUGCAGUUAUAAAAACUCGUUCCAUAAUUGUUUAAGUGUGAUUUUUGUACAAAAUUAUAUUUUCUUGUUAAUUAAUUAAUUAGGUGUUAUGUCUAUUGAGUUUUUUAAAUCUAUGUUAUGUCUAGUCAAGUUUUAGUAGCAAAUUCUGUAUGAAUGUUAUUACCUACAUAAAUACAUCACUAUUU